AUGGCAUCUGUUUCCUCUCUCCUUGAGAAUGGGCAGACCUUUGGGACUCAGGAGGGGCCGCAGCGCCGCAGCCCCCUCAUUUCGUUCUCUCCGCCACAUUCGCAGCCAGGGGAAAAAGUAGAAACAGCCCCAGUAGAUCCUGCAGAGAGAAGGCCGAGCAGGGCCGGGCGGGCGGGGCUGACCCCCACAGACCCCGCCCCUCGGGCAAGGCUCCGCCCCGCCUGGCGAGGGCGGCUCCCUCGUAGCCCACGCCCCCUCAAGGCCCCGCCCCGCCCGCCCCCGGACGGCUCGCACCCUCCCCCACCCGGAGCCUCCUGGUUCCUCCUCCGCAGAACCCCGCCUCCACCCACUCCUCCUCCGCCUCCAGCGCCACCUCGUAUCUCCUCAAUCCCGGCAUGUCCUGGGCUCCGAGCGUCUCCUGGGGAGCGGCAUGGUUGGGUCAAGGAGCCCCCCCAGCCCCAGGGCCCCUUCUCCGGCCUUUUCAGGACGAGUCUGACUAGCUCUCAGGCCCCUCUCCUCCUACUCCAGUUUACCCCCUCCUGGCAAGCGAAUCAGUCCAGUAAGAAGAUGAGAACUGCCACACAGGAGGCCACGGGAUGGAUGGAGAUGGAUAAGUGGGCAGAAUCCCUGGGAGCAGCAGGCCCUUGGAUCACAUCAGAGUUCAGCCUGAGAGAUCAGAUGACUCCAGAAGGAGGCUGGUUACCAGAAAGACCAACUAUGUGUCUAGGAGGUGGGGAUGUUGAGCCAGCAUGACAACCUCUAGGGAGUGGAGAAGGAUUGGGGAUUGCAUUCACCUGUGACCAACAGUUUAGUCAUGGCUACAUAAUGAAAUCACAAUAAAAAAUCUGAACACCAAAGCUCAUAGAACCUCCUGGUUUGUGAACACAUUGAUGUAUUGGGAGGGUGGCACACUCUGUCUCCCCAGAGAGGGAGAGACAGCACAAACAUCUGCAUUUGAGACUCUUCCAGACUUCAUCCUACGUGUCUCUUCAUUUGGC